AUGGGGAUUUGUUUGUCUUGCCUUCAUCCGCCAGCCGAUGAUGAUUUUGACGAAACUGCGCCUCUUCUGGGGGAGAACAUAUCGUCAUCAGUUGUGCAACAACAAUAUGAGGAGCAAAUUUUAGAGCAAAGAAAUAAAGAACUGAAUAGCAUACUGAACUCGACAAAUGACCAUCUCAUAGACUUAACAAACUUCUUACAUUUCCAGUCGCAAUUCAUUCUUAAGGAACCAGUUUCGCCAUCACUACAAAAUCAAGCAUCUUUGAAAACAGUAGAUGUGCCGACGGCAACCUCAUUAGCUUCAUUAGAUCAAAACUCUACUCCCCAAUUGCAGGCAGUUGGGGGAUAUGAUUCUGUUGGCGCACGCGGCUUGACGCAAAUUGAGGUCCUGGACUGCAGUGAAGUUUGCCAGGAAAUGGAAAAAGAGCUCGCUAUUUUGGAAGACAAAAUGGAUGUUCCUUUUGACAGAUGCAUUCGAUUCGACACCGGCAAUAUUGGUGCCCUGAAGGUAAAGUUCGGCUAAGUUGUGAAAUAUGUGUCAUAUUUAAUCUACAUAGACGCUUAUUGAGAAACAUUUAUCCAGAUCUUGAUUCUUUGAACGUCGUAGUUCUUGUCUUCCGCAUUAAUAGCUGCAUUGAUAGGACUCAAAGCAGCAGCUCGGCGACGGAAUUUUGACUCCUCUUCCACUAAGGUCUCUCCCUUAGUAACAUCUUUGAGUUCUGGUACUUUGAGAAUGAAUUCGACCAGAUUAAUUCCGUAGCCAGCUUUGAUCUCAUAUCUUGCAGCCAAAAAGUCAUUCUCACCUUUACCAUCGUAAGAUAUUGCAAUUGGAAAUGGCUUUACCGUUUCAUUAUUCACUCUCAGUUCAGAGUGAUAGCGCUCGUUUAUGAUGGAGUUCGAAAGCGAUACGAAGACAACCAAAGGCUGUCCCACAAUGUCAGAGGGCAGCGUUAUGGCAUUCAUCGUAUCAGGGUUCAAGAAGGUGAGUUCAUAGAGUCUGUUAGAAUUUGUUUGUGAGUAACUUUUAGUGCUUGACGAGAGAGUGAUCUGCUUGACAUGAGAAUUCGUUUGUCCCUUUUUUUCGUGACCUUGUAUGAAAGCAGGUUCUUCUGAAAGACUUCCCUCCUCUACCGGAUAUUCAUCAUUGUAGUCAUGACUGUCGGUACCCUUAGCAUGUCUGAUGCUUUCGUCAUCUUCAGAAUUUUGUUCAUCAUCUUCAGGGUCUUGUCCACUUUCCUCAUUCUCUUCAUCCUCCUCUUCCACAUCGUGGAUUGUUCUCUUUUUCGAUUUUGGUAAUUUCUUUUUCUUAUAGUCCUCUUUCUUGACAGUCGUUUUCGCUUUUUUAGAGUUAGGUCUGUCAUAAUCGUCAAAAGAAGCAUCCUCUAGCUCUGGAGAUGAUGAAAUUGAUGACUCCAGCUUUUCCAUUUUUUCCUUGGCAAACUUUUGAAGAAUCACCGCAUCUUGGUAAAGAAGGCUAUCCUCAUGAUUGUAAGUUUGGGCGUUAGCGAAGAUAAGGUUAAUGUCGUGCUUGAACCUGACAACUCCUUCUUUAUCAUCGGCAUAUUCGCCAUCGUCAAGCUUUUGUUUGACCAAGUUGAACGACAUGCCCUCUUUGAUGAUCUUGUAGUAGUCUGGAUACAUAUCACCAUCAACAAGAUCCAUGAACGGUGUCGAUAACUUGCCUCUAGAAGGGACCUUAUAGUUUAUGAUUGAUUUCAGAAUGUUUUUAAGGUCAACAGUAUAAUCACUACCACCAUCAUUAGCUCCCCCUUCUGCUCUCUUUUCUGCUUUGGCUUUUUUCUUCGUGUGUGACGUUUCAGAGCCCUUCAAAUUCGAAAUGAUAUCUGAUAUUUUAGAUUUAACAAAUUCAUAUAUCUUGUUCGCAUUCUUAGCAAUAUAGCUUUGAGGGUCAUUAUAAGUAUUGGCAUUGUUUGCCAUUAAUUGAAAGUCAUUCAGGAAUUCUUGAACUGAAUAGCGGUCCGACUUUUUAACCUUGGCUUUUAUCUCAUUUAAGGAUAUUGGGGACUCAAUUAACUGAUAAUAAUCGGGAUACAAUUUUUUGGGAGGCAGCUUUAUAAAAUCUCCAAUAAUAGCUACUCCAUAGUCUUCAUCAAUAAGGUCAUUGAUCGAGUCUAUGAUGCUCAUAUAGGUAUCUUUGCUCAAGGUUUCGGAUGUGCCAACUUCAUCAAUGACUGCUGGUUUUUUGCUGUUCAAUGUGAGUACAAUUCCAGGUCUCCUCUUUGCAACCAUCACCAAAUUACCUUUGAUCUCACGAAAUUUUAGCGUUCACUCAGAGUAUGGCUUUACUGAAUUAAUUCAAGCUGAAUCGGAACGCGUCUAUAUUUGUUUGCCUGGAUGCCCUUCGACGAAC